GAGAAUCAUACAAACCAUCAGCCAGGUGCUUUACGCGGCGCUUCCGCAACACUCACCCUCUGAGAAUGCACUCGCCGUGUCGCGUGGGGACCAUGCCUGGUUUUGUCCUUUUGGGAUCACUAGCGGCUGGACGAGGGCUGAGCAGAUGAAUGCGCGACAGUUGUCAGGAGGCGUUCAAGACUCUGUGAGAGCACAGUUGGGGCCCAGAAGGUUCCCCUGAGGAAAUCUUAUCAUGUGGGCAGCCUGCUGCAACUGGUUUUGCCUGGAUGGACAGCCUGAGGAGGCCCCACCGCCCCAGGGAGCCAGGACACAGGCCUAUUCCAACCCUGGGUACAGCUCCUUCCCUUCUCCCACAGGCUCAGAACCAAGCUGCAAGGCCUGUGGGGCCCACUUCGCAAGCAUGGCCAGGAAGACUUCUCCUUCAGCGCCACACCAGAGGGCCUGUGAUUUCGACUCUGGGAAUCAGACCUGCUUGGACUGUAAGAAGAACUUCUGCACGAACUGUUCGAGCCAGGUGGGUGCCGGGCCCCGCCUCUGCCUUCUCUGCCAGCGCUUCCGCGCCACGGCCUUCCGGCGGGAGGAGCUCAUGAAGAUGAAGGUGAAGGACCUGAGGGACUAUCUCAGCCUCCAUGACAUCUCUACCGACAUGUGCCGGGAGAAGGAGGAGCUGGUGUCCCUGGUGCUCGGCCAGCAGCCCGUCAUCUCCCAGGAGGGCAGGACUCAGGUGCCCCCCUUGGGCCCCGACUUCCCCGAGCAGCAGGCCUUCCUCGCCCGGCCCCACACCAGCGCUGUGCCACCUACCUCACCCGGCCUUCCAUCCGCACCCCCCGGCCAGGCGCAAGGCCGGCAGCAGGCCAAUGGCCAUGUGUCUCAGGACCAAGAGGAGCCCGUCUACCUGGAGCGCACGGCCAGAGCCCCUGCUGAGGACGAGACCCAGUCUGUCGACUCAGAGGACAGCUUUGUCCCAGGCCGGAGGGCCUCUCUGUCUGACCUGACCGACCUGGAGGACAUCGAAGGUCUCACCGUGCGACAGCUCAAGGAGAUCCUGGCUCGCAACUUCGUCAACUACAAGGGCUGCUGUGAGAAGUGGGAACUGAUGGAGAGGGUGACGCGGCUGUACAAGGACCAGAAGGGACUCCAGCACCUGGUGUGCAGCGCUGAAGACCAAAACGGGGGAGCAGUGCCGUCCAGCCUGGAGGAGAACCUGUGUCGGAUCUGCAUGGACUCGCCCAUUGACUGCGUUCUGCUGGAGUGCGGCCACAUGGUCACCUGCACCAAGUGCGGCAAGCGCAUGAACGAGUGCCCCAUCUGCCGGCAGUACGUGAUCCGAGCCGUGCACGUCUUCCGAUCCUGAGGGCCCGUGCCAGCUUCUGCAGUGCCUUACAGGGACAGAGCUCCAGGUGUCUGGGCCCAUGGUUGGCCAGCUUACAGACGGGCAAGCUAACCAGAACAUGCGCAGUGUUCCCAAGACCAGGGCGAGCAAGGAUGCUGUGUCAUCUCUGGGCAUGCCUGUCUUGCUUCAGAGGUACACUGUGCGCUGGCCGAGCCCCAGGCCAGUGGAAACUGGUACAGAUCGCACAGGCCAGUCCCUGUUGUGGUGAUCUUGGGGUGACGAUGGUAACUGGUGGAGAGGACUUUCCAGAAUUUUGACCAUAUCUUCCUCCCUUCCUCUGCAAACCUAAACAGUCUCACCCUUCCUCCUGUAGCCCGCCCACCCCCCUGAGCGGCGUUCCUCGGUUUCACCCACCAUGAGUCCUGGUGGGAACGGCUCUCUUCCUCCCCAGCACACCUGGAUUCAUUUCUGGUCUCUGUGGCUCUCUGUGCUUUAACCGACCUUUGCUAAAGUCUCUUGAUACCUUACCUAAAAUCCAUUUGUUUCUUUAGACCAAAAAGAUGGUAGCUUACCAGACCAAUAGUGAUCCUCCCAGGGACAGAAAUUUGUACCAGUAAACUUAUUUCUGGUGAGAAAUGAAACACAAAUGCGAUUGGAAAACCUUAAGUCAUUAAGAAUUGCUUCCUUAAGUGCUGGGAUGGGAAGCUAUCCCUCUCCUGAGCUGACCUUGGGAGUCAGCAAAGCAUCUGGCUUUCAGACUGCUGGGAGAUUCCAGUCUCUGAAAGACAGUACGUGGGUCACCUCUGCUUCUCCUCCUGGGGUCUGACUUUGUGCCAUCCUGUUUUAGUUGAUGAGGAAAAGGGAAAGCGUUGGGUGGAAGCAGUGGCUCUCUGCUUGGCUUUGACGUCUCCAGUGGACAGCCUUAAACCAUUUUCCCCUGAGCACGAGGUUCCUCUUGCCCAUGGAGGUUUUAAACAUGGUUUCCCUUGAAGACACAGAGACUUAGACAAAGGGCCUUAUUCUGCUCCAGUCAGACAAGCAUGUAAGACCGAGCACUCAGAGGUAUGAGCCCUUGAGCAGACAGCUGCACGUCUCUGUUCCCCAGCUUGGGAGGGACUCCCGACUCCGACUUCCUUUCUCAGCCUGCUGCUUUAGGGGCAGGUCAGGAAGCAGGAUUCCCUUGGCUCUUUAGGAAGGGCCGUGCAGUGAGUGAGUCUUGUUCUUGAGCCCUCUCAGGGUCUCUCCACCACUGGAAGAGCUCAAGUUUGCUGGAGAAGCUUAGCCAAGCACAAACAUACAUUCUGUGCACUAUCUGAAGAGCCGUGUGUGCCGCCAUUACCGUUGGCCAUUACCGCUCUGCACACCCUCAGACAGCUGAGGGCUUUGGCAGUCACCCCUACCCCUACCCUUUGCAGCCGAGCUCUCUCAGACCAGAACCAAUCAUGACUUUGGAAAGCCUGUAAGGGCACCUGUUGGUUGGUACAGGAUAUGCUUAAUGCUUUCUCUCCAUCAACCACUAAACCACCUACCUUGACAUUAUACCAAGUCCUAGAUAGUUUGAUUCUGGGCUACAGCCUUUGUAGGAACUGGGGGUGGGAGGUGGGGGGUGGCGGAUGGAGAUUUCCCUGUAAAGAUACCAUCUUUCUGCUGGACAGUAAAUACUAUAGUUCACGGUGCCUACCAGUUUAACAAAGAAUUCAGCUACUCCUUAGUUCCACUGUGAAACAAACAGGUCUGCACAUAGCAGCUCAGCUACAACCUAGCAAUAACUUCAGGGCAGAAGCUGGCUGUUUCCCUGCUUAAAACUUGUUUUCUCUGCUGAGGCCUUACCACUCCCUACCUCCCAGUUUCCCUCUUAGACAUGAGUUAACAAUAUCCUGAUGGUUGGUUUGUAACUUCAGCCAGAAUCAGAACUGAAGGCAUUUACUCAUCUAGGAGAAAGAAUUUGCCUUUAAGUCUUCUAAUCCCUUUUGGUGAAGGUUUCCAUUUAGGAGAAAAGGUGUUAAAACAACCUAACCCUAACCGUGCCCCCCCCCCCCC